AUGAGUCGCUCCACUGACACUCUCAUCAGUUCCCUUGCGGUAGCUGACUUCUGCACCUCUAUUUUCAUCCUUCCAUUGCCCACAGCAGUUACUAUUCCUUCUUCAAUUCUAGGGGAACUCUAUUGCCGCUUUAUUUUCACGUCCUACUUCUUCUGGUUGUCUGUCGGAUCGUCGAUCUACACCUUGACCUUAAUCUCUUUGGAGCGUCUCAUCGCGGUGAAGUAUCCUAUCGAGUUCAGUCGCUUCGCCAGUAGACGUCACACGUCUCUAGCGGUUGUCACCGUCUGGGCUGCGGUCAUGAUCAUUGACCUCUUCCUAAUUUUGACUUGUUCUGUAGACGGCACUAGACACACUUGCGUCGUGAGGUUUAGCUCUUCAGCCGGACAGUACACCGUUGGCAUAUUAAUUUUCAUGGUAUACUUUGUGGUACCUACAACCAUCAUGCUACUAGCACAGGCUGUCACUGCGUACAUUCUCCACAAGAAUUCCAAACGGUUCCGAGGGGGUAACGACCGUAAAGACCGUUCUAAUCCGUCCUACAACCUUCUGAUCGCCAAGAACCGAGUCCUCAAGAUGCUAUUCAUGGUUGUCAUGUUAUUCAUCAUUUGUUGGGGACCGAACAACAUUGCUUACUUUCUCUACAACGUCGGCGUCAUAAGUCCGGGUUACCUCUACGGCGACACAAAUCAUAUUCUCACUCUCCUUGCGUUCUACAACUCAUGUCUGAAUCCGAUCGUCUACACAGUUCGGCAUCCGAAGUUCCGUGCGGCAAUCCGCGGAUUGUUUACAGGUUCCGAACCGGAGAAAGAUGCUCUUUUCGAAUACAAAACGGAAUCCAAAGCUCCGUCUCAAACCAAGGAAUAUGAACCAAAAAUUUAA